GCUUCUAUUUUCAAAAUCCACGCAAAGAUCGUUUUCAACAUCCAGCCUUGCGAUCGCACUGCACCAAAAAUCAGAUCAGAAAGGAAAAAAGGAGAAGGAAAAAACUCAAGCAACAAUAAAAGAGGCAAAAAUGCUGCGUGGCGCUCCCACCUGGACCCCACAGGCCCCUCUCUGGGCGCACACAGCCCUGCCCACCCCAGGUCUCUUGGAAUUUUGACCUUGGCUUUUAAGAGAAAAAAGGGGAGGGGAGCCCAGCCUUUGUAGUAGAUCUGCAGCCAAGCAAUCCUGCGUCCUACUAAGAUGGCCUACAGAUGGAUACAGACUGUUGGGGAGUGCUUACCUUUGUUUCCCUUUAGUUGGGUGCCAGGCUCCCUCUUAACCCCAUGGGUCAGGUGUGAGCGUGAAAGGGGAUGGUUUCUGGCGUAGAGACCUGAGCCACUUCCCCUGAAGGGCCAAGGUUGGAAAGCACCGGGCCCCUGAGCGCUAUGGGCUCGGUGGCUAAGGGCACCUCGCUGCCUUCUCGGGGGUUCGGUGGGGGGAUUAUUCCCAGCUCCAGCUCUUCCCCCGAUUCCGGUUCCAAGUCAUGUCUUUCCUACUAAAGUGGUCAUUUGGAGAAUUCGACAACGCACCCUUCAUUUAAACAAAAGCGCCCCAGCCUCUGGGAUCAAAAAUGUGACCUGAAAAUCAAGGUUGGUGAUCAGCUCAUCAACGCCCAUAAGUUUGUGCUGGCCGCGCGCAGUGAGAACUGGAGCUUGACCAGUCUGGCUUCCACUGAAGAACUGGACCUUUCGGACGCUGAUCCUGAGGUGACCAUGGCCUUGCUCCGCUGGGUCUACACCGAUGACUUGGAGCUCAAGGAAGAUGAUGUCUUCUUGACAGAGCUGAUGAGGCUGGCCAACCGCUUCCAGCUGCAGCUCCUGCGGGAAAGGUGUGAGAAAGGAGUGAUGUCCUUGGUAAAUGUGAGAAAUUGUAUCCGUUUCUAUCAAACUGCAGAAGAACUGAACGCUACCACUCUGAUGAACUAUUGUGCGGAAAUCAUCGCCAGCCACUGGGAUGACCUGAGCAAGGAGGACUUCAGCAGCAUGAGCGCCCAGCUGCUCUACCAGAUGAUCUGUUCCAAGACGCAGCACGCCCUGCACAAGGCCAUCCGGCUGGAGCGCGAGGACGUCGUCUUCCUCUACCUCAUCGAGAUGGACGCGCAGCUGCCUUUGAAGCUGAACGAGCUGGAUCCCAACGGAGACCUCGCUUUGGAUCUCGCCCUUUCCCGGAGGCUGGAGAGCAUCGCCACCACCCUUGUGAGCCACAGGGCGGACGUGGACAUGGUGGACAAGAGCGGCUGGAGCCUGCUGCACAAAGCCAUCCAGAGAGGGGACAGCUUUUCAGCCACCUUCCUCAUCAAGAAUGGCGCCCUGGUGAACGCCGCCACCGCGGGGGCCCAGGAGACCCCACUGCACCUGGUGGCCUCGUCCAGCUGCAGGAAGGGCACGGCGGAGGCUGCCUCCGAGAUGGCGCGGAUCACCGAGUCCCUGCUGCAGGCUGGGGCCAAUCCCAACAUGCAGGACGCCAGAGGGAGGACUCCGUUGCAUGCUUCGAUCAUUGCCCGGAACGACGUUGUCUUCAGUCAGCUCCUGCAGUGCAAACAGCUGGACUUGGAGCUCAAGGACCAUGAGGGCAGCACAGCCCUGUGGCUCGCCGUCCAGUACAUCACGGUGUCUUCGGACCAAGCGGUGAACCCCUUCGACGACACGCCUGUGGUCAACGGCACCUCCUUUGAUGAGAACAGCUACGCGGCCAGGCUGAUCCAGCGGGGCAGUCACACGGACGCGCCUGACACGGUGACGGGGAACUGCUUACUGCAGCGGGCGGCCAGCUCUGGCAACGAGGCCGCGGCCCUCUUCUUGGCGGCCAGCGGAGCCAAGGUCAAUCACAAGAACCGAUGGGGAGAGACGCCACUGCACACGGCCUGCCGGCACGGCCUGUCCACCCUGACAGCCGAGCUCCUGCAGCAGGGCGCUAACCCGAACCUACAGACGGAGGAGGCCCCACCCGCGGCCCCCGGUCCCGCCGAGGGCGUCUACCUCCAGACCCCGCUGCACAUGGCCAUAGCCUACAACCACCCCGACGUGGUGUCCGUCAUCCUGGAGCAGAAAGCUAACGCCCUCCAUGCGCUCAAUUCCCUGCAAAUCAUCCCAGACUUCAGUCUCAAGGAUUCCAGGGACCAGACUGUGCUGGGGCUGGCGUUGUGGACCGGCAUGCACACGAUAGCGGCCCAGCUGCUGGGGUCGGGGGCCUCCAUCAAUGACACCAUGACCGACGGGCAGACGCUGCUGCACAUGGCCAUCCGGCGGCAGGAUGACAAGAGCGCCCUCUUUUUGCUGGAGCACCAGGCCGACAUCAACAUCCGGACCCAGGAUGGCGAGACUGCCCUUCAGCUGGCCAUCAGAAACCAGCUCCCCCUGGUGGUUGAUGCCAUCUGUACCCGUGGGGCCGACAUGUCCGUUCUGGACGACCAGGGAAACCCCCCACUGUGGCUCGCCCUAGCAAGUGACCUGGAAGACAUUGCCUCUACUCUGGUGAGGCACGGCUGCGAUGCCACGUGCUGGGGCCCCGGCCCAGGUGGGUGCCUCCAGACGCUCCUGCACCGAGCCAUCGACGAGAACAACGAGGCGGUCUCCUGCUUCCUCAUCCGCAGCGGCUGUGACGUGAACAGUCCCAGACAGCCGGGGGCCAACGGAGAAGGGGACGAAGAAGCCAGAGAUGGGCAGACCCCCUUGCACCUGGCGGCCUCCUGGGGCCUGGAGGAGACGGUCCAGUGCCUCCUGGAGUUUGGGGCCAACGUCAACGUGCAGGAUGCUGAGGGGCGGACACCGAUUCAUGUUGCUAUUAGCAACCAGCAGAGCGUCAUCAUCCAAUUGUUGAUUUCCCACCCUGACAUCCGCCUGAACGUCCGGGACCGCCAAGGUCUGACCCCGUUCGCUUGUGCAAUGACUUACAAGAACAACAAGGCAGCAGAAGCCAUCCUGAAGCGAGAGCCAGGGGCUGCUGAACAGGUAGAUAACAAGGGCCGGAACUUCCUCCACGUGGCUGUGCAGAACUCAGACAUCGAGAGCGUGCUGUUCCUCAUCAGCGUCCAGGCCAACGUGAACUCCCGAGUCCAGGACGCCUCAAAGCUGACUCCCCUCCACUUGGCAGUCCAGGCGGGGUCUGAGAUCAUUGUCCGCAACCUGCUUCUUGCAGGGGCCAAGGUGAAUGAACUGACCAAGCACCGCCAGACCGCCCUGCACCUGGCCGCCCAGCAGGACCUGCCCACCAUCUGCUCGGUGCUCUUGGAGAACGGGGUCGACUUCUCUGCUGUGGAUGAGAACGGGAAUAACGCUCUCCAUCUUGCGGUCAUGCAUGGUCGGCUGAGCACCAUCCGGGCCCUCCUGACCGAGUGCAGCGUGGAUGCCGAGGCCUUCAAUCUCAGGGGCCAGUCACCGUUACACAUUCUGGGCCACUACGGCAAGGAGAACGCGGCCGCCAUCUUUGAGCUCUUCCUGGAGUGCAUGCCCGAGUACCCACUGGACAAACCCGAUGCCGAAGGGAACACAGUGCUGCUUUUGGCCUACAUGAAAGGCAAUGCCAACCUGUGCCGGGCAAUCGUGCGCGCGGGGGCUCGCCUGGGCGCUCACAACAACCAGGGAGUCAACAUCUUCAACUACCAGGUGGCCACGAAGCAGCUCCUGUUCCGGCUCCUGGACAUGCUCUCCAAGGAACCUCCGUGGUGCGAUGGCUCCAACUGCUACGAGUGUGCGGCCAAGUUUGGGGUCACGACACGGAAGCAUCACUGUCGGCACUGUGGACGCCUCCUUUGCCACAAGUGCUCCACCAAGGAGAUCCCCAUCAUCAAGUUUGACCUGAACAAGCCCGUGAGAGUCUGCAACAUUUGCUUCGACGUUCUGACCCUGGGGGGGGUCUCGUAGGGAGCCGGGGACCACCCUGGCUCUGUUCUCCUCGGCCCCAGCAGCAGCCCAGCUCGCCAGCCCCGCAGCCAGGGAGAGGGGGAAGGCAGUGGCGACGGCCUUUGCCUCCCUCCGGCAACAGACUGAAAAAAAUUAAGGACCCCUAGUGAUUUACUCUACUACCAAUGAUUUGUACGAUUGUCAUUGUAUCAGGCUAUGACCGAUUUCAGCCGAGGUUUAAAUUGGAAUGGACCACUUGAAGCAAGACGGUGAGUUUGACUGCAGUAGAUCCCCCAGAGAGCCCGGUGUCGAGGCCUGGGGUAAGGGAGGAGGCCGAGAUAGCUCGGCCGGGCUAGCCGCGGCUCGAGCCGACUGUGUGCGGCCGUGGGCUUCCCCGGUGGGUUCUUCCCGCCAGGAAGCCUUCCCACAGCUCAGUAGUGCUAGCGGGCACUUUGUAAACAGGGUUCACAGAAGGAUUGCCAGGGAAAAAGUGGCCUUAACAACAGAAAGCUUUACCAGGGGGCAUCCCCGCUCUCCCGCUCGGUGCACAGGCAGCAGGCUGCCCUUCUCCACCACGUUUGGGGUGCGGGGCCGCUCCCCGGAGGUGCCCCUGCCCGGUGGACACCAGGAGGGAGCCGUGUACUCGAGGUGGUGACGCUGGUGGGUCUCGCGCUGCAUCCCAGCCCGUGCGCACACCCACACAGAAAACCUGGAGCCCACGUGACCCCCCGCUCCUGGUCAGGGCGAGAAAGACCCGUGUUUAUCCCACAUGGGGCAUUUUUUUUGGACUGUUUCAUUCAUGUGGCUCCAGAGGCCAAGAAGAGAUGGGUCCUCCAUCCCUCGCCAGGGUCCCACCCCCCUUUUCCUGGUCCUCUCCUCCUCAGUGUGGUCCCCAAAGGCCAGAGGAACUUUGUGGUGGCCCCCUCCCUGAGGACUGGGAAGGAGAAUGGGCGUUGUGCCCUUUCUCAAAGAUGAGGCUGUUACAGCAAGGGAGGCUGCCUUCCCCCCUACCCCAGAAGUGCUCGUGACAAGAGGAACCGUCUCCUCUGCCUCCUCGGCUUCUCCGCCGAGCCCCGGCCCCAUAGGGCAGCGUGUCACUGGGCCGGCUGAGCGUGGAGGGACCGACGGCCCCGGACUCUCGCUUGCUUCCAGAGCUGUGGCGGGUGUGCUUCUGUUGCUGUACGUGGGUGCUGCCCGCAGGCGUACACACGCGCACACGCGCCAAUCCACGCACACUGUGAUAUGUAGCGCAGUGUCAGAAACACGCGCUACUUGGGCUGUUUUUGUGCUUUAGAAAGAACACACGCGUGUUUCAGGCCAGAGUUUGUCCGUGGUCGUCGUGUUUGGCACAAAAGUUCAUUCGGGACCAUUUGUUCCGGGCUGUCGCCUUCCACGCGGGGCCUGCUGGAAACCAGAACCUGCCCCCUGGGUGGCGAGGAGUCAGGGAUGCCAGCCUGUGCCAUGUCCCCACACUGCCCCCUCCCUUUGCGGCCCCCAGCCCGCUUCCAUGCUGGAGGCCCUCGGGCGUUUGGGCAUCUGCCUCAUAAGAAACCAUGUUCUCGAGUUUUGUAAGUCAUACUUCAUUCUUUAAUCCAAAUCCCUCGAAUUAUGUUCCGGGGCUCAGCCCCAGCCUCCAUCCACUUCUGCCGCCGCCUCCUGCCUUGUCGUUAACACUUGGGUCUGAAUCACCUGUGGGAGUGUGCGGGCACAUGCGUGCUUGUGGGCGGGCAGGGUCAGUCCGGACGCUGCAGCUCAGCCUGCCCCCCGUACCCCACACUCAGGCUUGGGGGGGCAUCUGGGGCAGCCCGGGCUCUGCCACGGGCACGUGGGCACCUGCGGUCAGGGCACAAACGGCCUUCCCGGGCGCCUUCGGAACUUCCGGGCUGCUCUAAGCACUGUUUGGGCAGCGGCUCUGGGCAGCCCCGGGAGGACACAGAUCCUCCUCAGUCACAGCUGGAAAGGCCCAGAGCCCUCACAAAGGGGUGACCAAGCCAGGCCCAUCCCCAACUCAUGCUUGGGACCAGCGGCAGGCAGGGGACCCUGAGCUCCACCGGGCGCCCCGGAGGGGACGAGGCAAGGGACACGGGCGCUUCGGUCAGUUGGGGUUCUUUUUGCCUCAUUUGGACCAUGUGGUCAGGGUUUAGUCCCCCACGCCCGGACCUGGAGUCCCAGUGUGAAUUCCCUUUUUUCAUGCUCUCCGUCCCCAGCACGGCCCCCACGGUGAGAGGGCGUCAGAGGGAGCAGAUCCAGCCUCUGACUGGUGGCUCCUUGUCUGUGGCCCGGCCACGAGUCCAGUGGUCAUCCCGAUCUAGCUAGGGGUAAAGAGGAAAAGGCCCAGGAGCGAGGAGGAAAAGGGGCCCCGGAAGGCAAAGCACAAAACCCCCGGGGGGAAGGAAGGCGGCGGGGGCAGGGCAGGGCGCUCCCCUAAUGGAUUUCCAAGGCCUUGUUUUCCCUUCGUGGUGUGGAGGGGCACAGACUGGCUGGAGCUUGCUCCCCAUUACCCUUCUAGAUGCCUUAAAGACUGCAGAUUCACGCCUCCACAGCUUCUUUCCGGGGGCUUCACACUGGGCCGAGUCUUAGCGACGAAGGCCCCCGGUGGCCCUGCAACCCCCGCUCUGGGGUCCUGGGCCAAAGGGGGGCGGAGGCCCGGGCAGGAGGCGAUCACCGGCUGGGGUCCCCGUGGAGUCUGUGGAAUAGAAUGUAUUUUUCCAAAUGGAUAUUUGCAUUAACUGUACCGAUUCCUUGUGAUAAUCCUAGAACGGCAUCAACCAUGUACAUUAAAAUGAAAGCCUUUGGUAA